AUGAGUUCAAGCACAAUUAUUUUAAAACCCAAAACAACCAUAAUUUCCGAUGAAAUUAUGUCAAUAUCUUCAACACAACCGAAAUCCAAACUAAUGGUCAGUUCCUUGUGGAUAUUUUCAUCGAUAUUUUCGGCAGCCAAAAUUGAUUUUAGCUCAAAUUUAACAGGUAUAUCUAUUGGUUUUAAUCUGCAGGACGUCCUACUAAUCAUGUUUACAGCCUGGAUGUUACAAAAAGGAUUAACAACGAGAAACUUCGUGUUAAUUUUACCCUGGGUAAUCGGGACGGGCUACGGAUUGUACUACAAUCAUUACAAGAGUUUUAUGAGAAUGGCUGGACUAUUAAAACACGUUAGACAUGCAACUUCAUUACCUUGGAUAGCAAUUUUCUUUGCAUCUGUAGCGUUAGUAUUGAGAGCCCUGCUAAUCCUGCGAAUCCUGCAACUUUCGGCCAAUUUGUGGUACAGGAAAAAAUUGGAAAAGGAAUUAUACGAACCGAUACGUUAGAUCUAUUAUUUUGUCUCUCCCUGUAUAAGUGAAUUAUUUUAGGCCCGAGUGCGUUUUAUUUUUAAAAUUUAUUUAUCAAAAAUGGUAAUUUUAUUGCAAUAAAAGUGUCUGGCAUUGUGUGUUUUUAUUUAUC